AUGAAGCUUCUCCCACUCGGCGUACUGGCGCUUGCCAGUCUUUUCACCUCGUCACUUGCAGCGCUGAACAAUGAUGGAUCGGCACAUUUCGGUAGAACGGCCAACGGACAAGUUGUUGCAGGCUCGUCGUAUGCAGACUCGAGUUCAACGUUGAGUUUCGCAGCUGACCGAGCCGCAUCGGCUCGCUCGACAUCUUCCUCAGGACGUUUCUCGAUUCAACGCCGAUCUCUGUGGCAGAGACUCUUCGGAAACAGCGCGCCAGGCAGCCAACGGAAGAGGAGGGCAGUCCCUUCUGCACGCUUGCUCGCGCGUCAACGUCCGAGUCGGCUCGGCACAGGCUCGUCAAGAAAAACGAAACGCACCAGAGGCUCAUGUAAAGCGCCUACCACCGCUUCCGCUUCAGCAGCAGCAUCAGCAUCCUCUUCAACAUCCACCUCGGCUUCCAUACCACCUUCACCGACCAAGAGCGUCAACGAGACACGCACGUCCACGAAUAAGCUCAUGGCUGGCUACUGGGCGGAUUGGACAGCCUCGACUCUACCCGCCACUUCGAUUGACUUUAGCAAAUUCGACAUUGUCAACUACGCGUUUGCUCUGCCUACAGCCGAGUUUGAUCUGUGGAUCCCUACGGAUCCUUCGGGCAACCUGCUGCGCGGAUUCGUCAAGGCAGCCAAGGCGGGCAAUGCCAAGCCGAUGCUUUCGCUCGGUGGAUGGGGUGGAUCGACCUACUUUUCGCCCGCGGUUCGAACCGCGGCUUCUCGCGCCACAUUCAUCAGUAACAUUGUCAAGACGUAUAACCAGUACGGCUUGGACGGCAUUGAUCUGGAUUGGGAGUAUCCAGGUCAGGCAGGAUCGGGAAAUCUGCUCGACGCUUCCGAUACGCGCAAUUACCAGACAUUCCUCACUGAACUUCGAGCGGCGUUGCCUAAGGGAGCGCUGAUCACGGGUGCAGUGGCACACACGCCGUGGAUGGCAAGCAAUGGUCAACCUGUCGCUAGCGUUGCGCGCGCCGCAGCUGCCAUGGACUACAUCAUGAUCAUGAACUACGACGUGUGGGGAUCGUCGUCGAAUCCGGGACCCAACGCGCCUCUGGCGAAUCUGUGUGGCAAUUCCACCCAGCCACGUGCAAAUGCGGCGGCGGGCGUCAAAGCAUGGUCGGCAGCCGGGAUGCCUAGAGACAAGAUCCUACUCGGUAUCCCAGCAUACGGCUACAUCAACACGUCGAAAAAGCAGACGCUUCGCACGCGCUCGCGCUCGCGUUCUUCCUCUUCGCAACGCAGAGCUGCGAAACUCACCAGUUCCGACGGAUCCACAUCGUCGGGGCAGAUCAACUUUUCAACGCUCGUCUCACAGGGUGCACUCAAGCUCGGCGCGGACGGCCUGUUCGACGGCGCCGGUGGGUUCACCAAGUAUUGGGACGACUGCUCCGACACUCCCUACCUGAGCGAUGCGUCCAGAGUGAUCACGUACGACGAUACCAGUUCCAUCUUUGACAAGGGUGCGUUUGCGAGUGCCGCCGGCAUCGCCGGUAUCAGCAUGUGGAGCUUGGAUGGCGAUACCGAGUCUUGGGCUUUGACUAACAGUGCGAUUGCCGGAAUGAGUUCGACAGGUGCUAUCUCUUCCUAG